AUGGAUGAUGAGAAGGACAAAAUAAUUAGGAAGGAAAACACAGAUAAAGCUAAGCGCCAUGUAUGGAAAUCUUCAGAGGACAAAAUACUACUCAAUAUAUUGAAAGAUCAAAGUCUACAGGGAGGGAAAGAAGGAACAGGUUACACAAAGAAAGCAUGGCGUGAUAUCUUAGGACAGUUCAACGAUUCAAGGGUAGAGAAACUUGAAUUACAACAACUGAAAAAUCGUCAUAAGUACUACAGGAGUUGCUACAGUACCAUGGACAGACUUCUAAAACUCACGGGAUUUGGUUGGGACGAUGAUGAUAAAAUGAUAAAAGCUUCAGAAGAAAUUUGGGAAGAACUAAUUAAGAAGGAUAAGUCACUACAGGAAUAUCGAGAUAAGGUGUGGCCUAGUUGGGUAGAUCUUCAAGCCAUAUGUGCUACUUCAACAGCAUCUGGAGCUGGUGCUGUAUCUAGCAAAGGAAAAGAUGCUGCAUGUACAAGCAAAUCUUCACAGAUUGAUCUCAAUAUGGAUGUUGAAGUUCAUGAGAUUGAUUCUGAUGAAAACAAUACUUCCCCUGGUGUCUUCAUGAAGAAGUCAACUACCAUUGAGCAAGAAAAAAAGAAGUCCACUGGAAGUGGAUCAAAAGAAACUGGAAGAGGGCAAAAACGGACAGCCGACGAUGCCAUAUCAGCAAUUGACCGCCUUGCAGAUGCAUCACUUAGCAUUGCUGAAGCGAAGAAAACAGUAGCACAACAAAAUGAAGCUUACUCGGUUAAAUCAUGUAUGGCAAUAUUAAAUAGUAUGAGUAAUCUAGAUCCCAAAGAGAAACUAAAAGCGGUCAAGGCAUUUACAGAUGAUCCAAGCAAUCAAGUCCCAUCCAAAAUAUUGGGUGAUGCAAGGUUCUACCCAUAUUUCAAGAACUGCCUAGGAGCAAUUGACGGGACACACAUUGAGGCGAAAAUCAGGCUUGAUAAGCAAACUCCUUAUAGAAAUAGGCAUGGUUGUCCGUCUCAAAAUGUAAUGGCAGCAGUGUCAUUUGACAUGACAUUCUCUUAUGUCGCUGCUGGAUGGGAGGGUUCUGCAUCGGAUCAAGCUGUUCUAAGAUGGGCUGUUACUAGUGGGGGUUUGGUUGUUCCUGAAGGCAAAUUUUAUCUUGUUGAUUCAGGCUAUGAAAAUACUCCAAAAUUUAUUGCCCCAUAUCGCGGAGAUCGCUAUCAUAUUGCUUCUUUUCGUGGAUGUAAUCGGAGAUAUACUGGUGAGAAGGAUUUGUUCAACCAUGUGCAUGCACAGCUGCGGAACAUUGUGGAACGAACCUUUGGUGUUCUGAAAGCUCGUUUUCCAAUUCUAAGUAGGAAAGGAGGAAUUCCUUAUCCAUAUAGAACCCAAGUUAAAAUUGUUAUGGCUUGUUGCAUCAUCCACAACUUCAUAAGGAAGGUUAAUGAGCCUGAUGAGUUGUUUGAGCUUUAUGAGCAUGGGGAAACACAAGAAAAUGUUAACUAUGGUGAUCAACAAGUUCGUGGGCAAGCAAGAGAAGAUGAUCGAGUUGCUGGUGAGAGAGUUCGUGCUGGCAUCGCUCAACAAUUGUGGACUAAUCAUCAACGACGUGUGAACCGACAACAACAAGAUGAUUAA